AUCAGCAAAGAAGAAAGACUGAAUCCUAUUAAGCAGGAUGUCAAGAAUGGGAAACUUAGAUAUGUCAAAAACAUUUUUCCUCAUCAUGGGUACAUUUGGAACUAUGGAGCACUUCCUCAGACCUAUGAAGAUCCAAACUAUAUAACCCCUGACACUGGGUGCAAGGGUGAUUCCGACCCCAUUGAUGUUUGUGAAAUUGGCCACAAGAUCCAUGCCAGAGGUGCAGUGGUUCCAGUGAAAGUUCUGGGAGUGCUGUGUCUCAUUGAUCAGGCAGUACUUUUCCCAGUAUCCUUGCGUGUGAAAGCUGUAUCCCCUGUUAAAGAAAAAAUCAAAAAGAAAUAUGUCCCAGAUAUAGAAGCCCACUUCCCAGGCUUGUUAAGGGCGACCUAUGAGUGGUUCAAAUACUAUAAAGUUGCAGAUGGCAAGUCAGAGAACCGGUUUGCAUUCAAUGGAGAGGCCAAGAACCGGGAAUAUACCUUACAUGUGAUCGAGGAAACACACAACCAGUGGAAAUCCUUAAUCAAUGAAGCAGAAUCAUCAAUAGUCAGAAAAAACACAACAGUGACAGCAAGUUCUGAUCUCAUUGACAGAACUGAAGGAGAAAGAAUCAUUGAAAGUGCUGCAGCUCCCGGUCCUGCUGCAGAGAUUGAUCAAGAACACAACAAAUGGUACUAUGUUAUACCACAGAAUUGA